AAAAUGUUCAAACAAACCUCAAAGAAAACAAUGGAGUACUCACUAGACCUAGCUGCUUUGCUUUACCCCUAGGUUUUAUAUAUAUAUCAAAUUAUCAAUCGACUUCUUCUUCUUUAAACCCCUUUACUGCCCUUUUUCUCCUCUUUCUCCUAUGGCGAUUCGUUUUUUUUUUUUUUGAGUAGUCCUAGGUGAAAAACCUACCUGUUUUCUUCAAACACUUUUUGGGCUGUUUAUUUUGCUUACAAUAUCAUGGUGUUUUUCAGACAAGUUUGAGAUUUCACAAACUACUGUUCAUCUUCAUGUUUCUCCUUUGGUUUCUCUUGAUCUGUUUGUGAUCAUUUAAGGAAUCAUCAUCUUAUUUGCAUUUUUGUCUUUUUCUCGAUAUGGAUUCUCUUCAGGGUUUCGAAACCACUGGAAACCCUUCCGUUGCUUUAACACCGAUUUUCCCUCUUUCGAUGACCACCGUGAGCGCACCGUCCGCCGCCAUGACCACCACCAACGGAAACCCUUUAUCAGUCUCCUCCCUUUCUUCCUCUUCCAGCUCCUCCACUUCCCCGACCAGAACUCUCAGCCGUUACGAGAACCAAAAGCGCCGUGACUGGAACACCUUCGGUCAAUACCUCUGCAACCACCGCCCUCCUCUCUCCCUUUCCCGUUGCAGCGGCGCCCACGUCCUUGAAUUCCUCCGGUACCUAGACCAGUUCGGGAAAACCAAAGUCCAUACCCCACUUUGCCCUUUCUUUGGCCACCCUAACCCUCCAGCCCCAUGCCCUUGCCCUCUCCGUCAAGCUUGGGGAAGCCUCGAUGCUCUCAUCGGUCGCCUCCGUGCCGCCUUCGAGGAACACGGCGGCAAGCCUGAAGCUAACCCCUUUGGUGCUCGUGCUGUUAGGCUUUACCUACGUGAAGUCCGUGAUUCACAAGCUAAAGCUAGAGGCAUAAGCUACGAGAAGAAGAAAAGGAAACGUCCCCCUCAUAAUCCUCCAUCUCUUCCACCACCAAAUCAAUCAAGUUUUGUGUCUGUUCUUCAAUGGUGCAUAUAUACAUACAUAUAUAAUUUUCUUCCAUUUCUUCAUGGGUGCAAUAAUGGGGAUCUUUACAAGAACCGUAAAGAACAGUGAAAUGUUGUUAGACUUAGUUUCACUUAAAGGGGGAAAAAAGACAUGAUUUGAAAUGGACACUAAGAAGGAGACAGCAAGUUGUCCAGUUGUAGAUUAUCAUAUAUCUGGAAUCACCAAUGUUGAAUUAGCAGCUAUACCACAACCUGGAUUAGAUUUUAUAUAUAGAGAGAGUUUGAUGUGAUAAGUGACAGACCAAUAAAUAUAGAGACCUGGCUAUGUUCUAACCAGUGUAGUAUGUUCAACCCUAGUUUGGUGUUUGGUUUCCAUGAUUUGAUUCUUUGAAAGACAUUUUCUGAUGGAAAAAACUCUUGUUUGAAACAUGUUUUUGUUUGGGUUUUAUAUGUACUGUUCUUUUGAUCUGUUCUGUAAAAUGAAUCCCAAAGUUUUCUUUACAUAACUAGGUUUUCUUGAGAUUUAGGGUAAA